CGGAAAUCGUAGCUGGGUCACUCUCAAUUCAGUAAACGGCAGAAGCAAUCAAAAUUGUGGUGAAAGAAGAAAAGAACAGGGGAAAAACAGGGGGAGCUCUCUGAUUGUUGCUUUUUUUAAUUGUCUUCGGCUUUUGUUGGUAAAAUGGGCGCCGACGACAGCUGGAUAACGGUGCCACCGCCGGCGGCGGCGAUGGCGUCGCUGAAUUCGGAGAGGGAAGACCACUGGAGGCAUUUCGACAACUCGGUCGACGCGGUAUCGUUUGGGUUCGUCGCUACAGCGAUCCUCAUAUCGAUGUUCUUAGUUAUGGCCAUUUUCGAGAGGUUUCUACGGCCGAGAUCGUCACUGCAGCUCCCUUCUUCUUCGUCCUCCGUUGCCAUGGCUUCAUCGGAUCUCGAGGCACAGUUCGCAUUGCAUGGGAAGCUCGGCUACCCUUCUCCUAAAAUCAAAACCUGUAAACACAGCAACCUUACCAACUAG